AUGCACGACAAGAAGACAGCGCGCCAGUACACGGCUUUGCUCUUAGAGGUGAUAGCGCGCUACAAGCACCAGCUAGCAUCGCACUUAUCAGCCCGCAUCAACAACACAGGUGCACCACUGGCUAGAAAGCAUAUCCAGUCCGACAGCAAGCAUGUCCGGUCCGACAGCAAGCAUGUCCGGUCCGACAGCAAGCAUGUCCGGUCCGACAGCAAGCAUGUCCGGUCCGACAGCAAGCAUGUCCGGUCCGACAGCAAGCAUGUCCGGUCCGACAGCAAGCAUGUCCGGUCCGACAGCAAGCAUGUCCGGUCCGACAGCAAGCAUGUCCGGUCCGACAGCAAGCAUGUCCGGUCCGACAGCAAGCAUGUCCGGUCCGACAGCAAGCAUGUCCGGUCCGACAGCAAGCAUGUCCGGUCCGACAGCAAGCAUGUCCGGUCCGACAGCAAGCAUGUCCGGUCCGACAGCAAGCAUGUCCGGUCCGACAGCAAGCAUGUCCGGUCCGACAGCAAGCAUGUCUUGUCCGACAGCAAGCAUGUCCGGUCCGACAGCAAGCAUGUCCGGUCCGACAGCAAGCAUGUCCGGUCCGACAGCAAGCAUGUCCGGUCCGACAGAAAGCAUGUCCGGUCCGACAGCAAGCAUGUCCGGUCCGACAGCAAGCAUGUCCGGUCCGACAGAAAGCAUGUCCGGUCCGACAGCAAGCAUGUCCGGUCCGACAGCAAGCAUGUCCGGUCCGACAGCAAGCAUGUCCGGUCCGAAAGAAUGUCCGGUCCGAAAGAAAGAAUGUCCAGUCCGACAGCAAGCAUGUCCGGUCCGAAAGAAUGUCCGGUCUGA